UACGCCCUCCUCGCGCCCCCCGGCGGAUGCCCCUUUCGCAGCCUCCCGUUUCCCACAAUGCUCUGCGGACAUCACCACCAAGAUGGCCGACGUCAUGGAGGAGUAUGAGAAAGAAGCUGGUUGCGUCCCUAUUCUGCAUCCAGAGGAAAUCAAGCCUCAGAGCCACUUCAACCACGGCUACAGCGAGAACGUCAGCCGCAAGAACCACGUGGAUGACUACAGCACAUGGGACAUCGUGAAAGCUACACAGUACGGAAUCUUCGAGCGAUGCAGGGAGCUGGUGGAGGCCGGGUUCGACGUCCGGCAGCCGGACAAAGAAAACGUGACGCUCCUUCACUGGGCUGCCAUCAACAACAGGGUAGACUUGGUCAAGUACUAUAUAUCAAAGGGGGCCAUAGUGGACCAGCUUGGCGGAGACCUCAACUCCACACCGCUGCACUGGGCCACCAGACAAGGCCACCUAUCCAUGGUGGUGCAGCUCAUGAAAUACGGCGCUGACCCAUCCUUGAUCGACGGCGAGGGAUGCAGCUGCGUCCACCUGGCCGCCCAGUUCGGCCACACCUCGAUCGUCGCCUACCUAAUCGCCAAGGGACAGGAUGUGGACAUGAUGGACCAGAAUGGAAUGACUCCCCUCAUGUGGGCGGCGUACAGGACGCACAGUGUGGACCCCACCCGGCUGCUGCUCACUUUCAACGUGUCCGUGAACCUGGGCGACAAGUACCACAAGAACACGGCGCUGCACUGGGCCGUGCUGGCCGGCAACACCACCGUCAUCAGCCUGCUGCUGGACGCCAACGCCAACGUCGACGCGCAAAACAUCAAGGGUGAAACGCCGCUUGAUCUCGCCAAGCAAAGGAAGAACGUGUGGAUGAUCAAUCACUUACAGGAAGCGCGGCAAGCGAAAGGUUAUGACAGCCCGUCCUACUUGAAGAGACUCAAGGUGGACAAGGAGGUAAGGCAGAAGGUGAUGUUGGGAACGCCCUUCCUGGUCAUCUGGCUGGUGGGCUUCAUCGCCGACCUGGACAUCGACUCCUGGCUUAUCAAGGGCCUCAUGUACGUGGGCGUCUGGGUGGCCGUGCAGUUCCUCUCCAAGGCUUUCUUUGACCACUCCAUGCACAGCGCUCUCCCUCUGGGAAUCUACCUGGCCACCAAGUUUUGGAUGUAUACAACUUGGUUCUACUGGUUCUGGAAUGAUCUCCCAUUCGCCACGGUCCACUUGCCAUUCCUCGUAAACACGCUGGCUCUGUUCUACAACUUUGGCAAAUCGUGGAAAUCGGACCCGGGGAUCAUCAAGGCCUCGGAGGAACAGAAGAAAAAGACUAUUGUGGAGCUGGCAGAGACCGGCAGCCUGGAUCUCAGCAUCUUCUGCAGCACAUGCUUGAUACGGAAGCCUAUCAGGUCCAAACACUGCGCUGUGUGCAACCGCUGCAUCGCCAAGUUCGACCACCACUGCCCUUGGGUGGGCAACUGCGUGGGAAGCGGGAACCACCGCUACUUCAUGGGUUACCUGUUCUUCCUGCUGUGCAUGAUCUGCUGGAUGAUAUACGGCUGCAUCUCCUACUGGAGGAUCCACUGCGCCACCACUUACGCCAAGGACGGCUUCUGGCUCUACCUGACCCAGAUCGCUGCAUGCUCGCCGUGGAUGUUCUGGAUGUUCCUCAACAGCAUCUUCCACUUCAUGUGGGUGGCCGUGCUCAUCAUGUGUCAGCUCUACCAGAUCGCCGCUCUAGGAAUCACCACCAAUGAGAGGAUGAACGCACGGAGGUACAAGCACUUUAAAGUCACGGCCACGUCUAUCGAAAGCCCCUUCAACCACGGUUGCAUCCGCAACCUCAUCGACUUCUUCGAGGUCCGCUGCUGCGGCCUGAUCCGGCCCGUGGUGGUGGACUGGACCACGCAGUACACAAUAGACUACGACCAGACGUCAGGCUCUGGCUACCAGCUCGUGUAAAAAGAGGAGUGUGAAGAAAGAAGGGGGAGGGGAGGGGGGUCCUCGUUUGUCGGACUGUCACGCAAAACAUCGGGACAGGAUUAGCAUGCUGGUAGGGGGCAACCCCCCACUCCCCCCCUUGUCACCACUAUUAGAGGGAGAUGGACAACAAAACAAAAUCACAAAAUCGAAGCACCUCUGUUACUAGUAGAGAUGCAGUUGCAGUAUCCCCUCCUCACUUUGUUCUUUUAUUUACAGAUAAGGGAAUGUCUUUUUAUCAUGAGUUCUGGGCUGGCAAAUAUUCGAACAACAACAACAACAAAUCAAAUGUGACACAGGUAUAUUUAUUUUAAACAUAUUUAUCGAUGAAAUGCUCCAUCAUUUUUUUGACAUUUUUUUAGCGGAGUAGGCUUUUUAUAUUCAGAGUAUACCUGUAGCUGUCGGAUGGGAUGGAUGGUGUAUUUAUUAUGGAUAGGACAGGAAGGUUCAUUCCAUGUUUGUAUCAAAAAGCUGUAAAGUCUUAUGUAUGUUUUUUUUGUUUUUGUUUUUGUCUGCCUACAAAAUUGCACUGAUUUAUUUUGUCUCGGCUGAUGCUCAACAAAAGGGCCCAGCAGCACCUUUUUCCCAUUGUUUACUUUUCCUGUAUGUGUACAUAAAGAAUCUGGAACUCCCAUUUUUCUUUGAAUUUGUCAGUGUACUUUUUAAAUUCAGUUUGAGGGGGACUACAUGACAAGGACAUGAAGUGAUUGUAGCUUUUAGUGAUGUCCAACACUGGUGUCCCACACUUGCAUGUAUGAUGCCCCCUGGCCCACUGUAUAUAAUCAAUGUUACGUACUGGCAAGUGCAUUCUGUUCCAUUUGUUUUAAUAACCCUUAAAUCCAGUGUCUAGUGAACCCCUUAACUGUGUAUUAUAUACCAUGCUUGUGGACUGUUCUCAUCCAUUUUUGUUUUGUAUUAUUUUUAAAUGUCAUAUAUGGCCGGGUUUGUUAUACCACUGGAUGUACAAAUUGUAAAGCAAAGACAAUAGAUGACUUUUUUUUUUUGUUCUUUUUUUCUAAAAGCAGAGAUGUGAUCAUGCAAGACAUUUUUCAAAGGGCCUGGUAUUUUUUCGCCUGUCGACACACAAAAAGCAACCCCCGGGUUCACGAGUUCUACCAACGAAAAAGUCAGUUGUGUUCUGGGAAUAUUCACUAUAUAUAAAAACAUACACAGGAAAACAAGACGGUAUCAUUUCCAGUGCCUCUCUCUCUCUGCCCACAUCACUUUAACUCUGCUUCAGAUGUACAACAUACGGGCAUGGUUCAGUUUUAAUGGCUUUAAUAAUAAAAUACAGUCAAAUGUGAA